AUGAGGAAUGCUGGCAUAGGUGUAACGGGAGUUUACAACCUCAUUGCUAGUCAGUCUGGUGGAUUUGAUAGGGUGCCGUUUACGAAAAUGCAUUUACACAAUCAGAUAGGCAAACAAAGGAGGCAGCUAAAGUCUGAUGUUGAAAAUGCUAUUUUGUACUUGAAGGAUUUGCGCAAAAAAGAUCCGGCAAUGUUUUGGCGACAUCAUGCUAACGAGGAUGGCAAAGUGGAACUUUUGUUUUGGGCAGAUGGAAUUAGCCAAAAGAACUAUGAAGUAUUUGGUGAUGUUGUAGCGUUUGACGCUACGUACGGGAAAAACAAAUAUCAGUACCCAUUUGUAAUAUUUUCUGGACUAAACAACCACAACCAAACAACGGUGUUUGCCUGUGCAAUAAUUGCAAAUGAAAGUGAAGAGACAUAUGUUUGGCUACUUGAAAGAUUUCUUGAGGCAAUGAGAGGAAAGUUUCCUACAUCUGUAAUUACUGAUGGGCAUUUGUCAAUGAAAAAUGCAAUUACCACAGUAUUUCCUAGUGCUCAUCAUAGAUUAUGUGCCUGGCACUUGCUGCAGAAUGCUACAAGAAACAUAAAGAUUCCAGGUUUCACUCAACAGUUCAAAAGAUGCAUGUUGGUUGACUAUGAGGUGGGUGAAUUCAAACAUAAGUGGGAAUCUGUUGUAUCAAAAUUCGGUUUGGAAGACAAUGAAUGGGUGAUGGAACAUUAUGAAAAUAGAAAGAUAUGGGCAGUAGCUCAUAUAAGGGGCUGUUUUUUUGCUGGGUUUCGCACAACAUCAAGAUGUGAGAGUUUGCAUUUAGAAAUCAAGAAGUUCAUACAUUCAAGGUAUAACCUUUCAGAGUUUUUAAAACACUUUCACAGAUGUUUGAAUUUUAUGCGGUUUAGGGAGGAAGAAGCAAAGUUGUCAUCGGUUGUUGGGAAGGCACCCCUAGAAACUCCCUUCAAGCUACUUGAGAAGUCAGCUGCCUCUGUGUACACGCCGGCCAUAUUUGAGAAAUUUUGGGGUGUUAUUGUUAAAGCAUUCUUAGUGUAUGUUAGUGGUCGUAGAAGCACUGCCACUUUCAAGAUAUUCACAGUUUCGAAGUUUCGAACACCGAGCAAGGAAUGGCAUGUAUCUUUUUAUCCACCAACACCAAUGCUGAAAUGUUCUUGUCAACGGAUGGAGUCAAUUGGGCUUCCAUGUGAGCAUAUUAUAGCUGUUAUGGUAAUUUUAGGUAUGCAUGAAAUUCCACCUAGUCUUGUGCUGCAUAGGUGGACCAAACGUGCUAGAGAUGUAAUUGAAUGUUAUGCUGCUGAUGUCAGUGGUAAUUGGGGUUCUGUUAACAUGGCUCACCAUGCAGUGUUACUAAAUGGUUGUAGAGAAAUGUGCAAAUUGGCCGGUGACUCGGUUGAAGAUUUCACAAGCACUAGACACCUUAUUACUACACAUACUGAAAGACUGAAAGAGAAGAAAAAGGACAACACGGUACAUGACAACAUUGAUGAAAACAAUCAAUCUGUCCCGUUGAGGAACCCCGACCGUGCCAAGCGCGCAUAUGGUGGUGCAAGUACAUCGGGCACGAAAGGUCAUCGUCGUAGAAAGACUACGUGUAGUGUAUGCAGGACACCUGGGCACAAUAAAGCGUCGUGA